ACGCCUUAUCCCAGCGAGAGGAGGCGAAGCGCGGACACACCGCAGCAUCUCUCCCAGGUCAUCGGGACAAUUAGAACUCGCACCUCCUUUCAGCCUCCCCGGGUCUGGGGGGCGGGGUGGUCCAAGGACGAGACCGAGGAGGGGAGACGACAACACGGCGAAGAGGACACAGGAAGGGGGGCUGGAAGUCUGCGACGCCUCCAGCCUGAAGUGGCCGCAUCACCCCGGGUUAGCUAGCUUGUACCCGCGCGGCUAAGUGGAUGGGAUGGAGCCGGGACCGUCUGGCGCUGUGCCCAUGGGGGUCUUCCCCCCACCCCUGCAGCAGGUGUUCCAAGCCCCGCGUCGGCCAGGAAUGGGCACCGUGGGCAAGCCCAUCAAGCUGCUGGCCAACUACUUCGAGGUGGAGAUCCCCAAGAUGGAUGUCUACCACUACGAGGUGGACAUCAAGCCCGACAAGUGCCCCCGGCGAGUCAACAGGGAGGUGGUGGAGUACAUGGUGCAACACUUCAAGCCGCAGCUCUUCGGCGACAGGAAGCCCGUGUAUGACGGCAAGAAGAACAUCUACACCGUGCUGGCGCUCCCCAUUGGGAGCGAGAAGGUGGAUUUUGAGGUAACCAUCCCCGGCGAGGGCAAGGACCGAAUCUUCAAGGUGUCCAUCCGUUGGCUGGCCAAGGUGUCGUGGCGCCUGCUGCAGGAGACUCUGGUCAGCGGGCGACUGCAGGUCCCCCUGGACUCGGUCCAAGCCCUGGAUGUGGCCAUGCGACACUUAGCCUCUAUGAGGUACACUCCAGUAGGCCGCUCCUUCUUCUCCCCGCCCGAGGGGUACUACCACCCUCUGGGCGGGGGCAGGGAGGUGUGGUUCGGCUUCCACCAGUCGGUGCGGCCCGCCAUGUGGAAGAUGAUGCUCAAUAUUGACGUGUCCGCCACCGCCUUCUACAAAGCCCAGCCUGUCAUCGAGUUCAUGUGUGAGGUUCUGGACAUCCGCAACAUCGACGAGCAGCCUAAAACCCUCACCGACUCGCAAAGAGUCCGCUUCACCAAGGAGAUCAAAGGCCUCAAGGUGGAGGUGACCCACUGCGGCCAGAUGAAGAGGAAGUACCGCGUAUGCAAUGUCACCCGACGUCCUGCCAGCCACCAGACGUUUCCCCUCCAGCUUGAAAGUGGGCAGACAGUAGAAUGCACAGUGGCUCAGUACUUUCAGCAGAAGUACAACCUGCAGCUCAAAUACCGCCACCUGCCCUGUCUCCAGGUGGGGCAGGAGCAGAAGCACACCUAUCUGCCCCUAGAGGUGUGUAACAUCGUAGCGGGCCAAAGAUGCAUCAAGAAGCUGACAGAUAAUCAGACGUCCACCAUGAUCAAAGCCACGGCUCGCUCGGCGCCCGACAGGCAAGAGGAGAUCAGCAGGCUGAUGAAGAACGCCAACUUCAACCUGGACCCGUACAUCCAGGAGUUUGGCAUCAAGGUGAAGGACGACAUGGCCGAGGUGACGGGCAGAGUGCUGCCAGCCCCCAUCCUGCAGUAUGGCGGACGGAACCGGGCCAUAGCCACACCCAACCAGGGCGUGUGGGACAUGAGGGGGAAGCAGUUCUACAACGGGAUUGAGAUCAAGGUGUGGGCCAUCGCCUGCUUCGCCCCGCAGAAGCAAUGCAGGGAGGAGGUGCUCAAGAACUUCACAGACCAGCUCCGUAAGAUCUCCAAGGACGCCGGCAUGCCCAUCCAGGGCCAGCCGUGCUUCUGCAAGUACGCCCAGGGGGCGGACAGCGUGGAGCCCAUGUUCAGACACCUGAAGAACACCUACUCGGGCCUGCAGCUCAUCAUCGUCAUCCUGCCGGGGAAAACCCCCGUCUACGCGGAGGUGAAGCGCGUGGGCGACACUCUGCUGGGCAUGGCCACGCAGUGCGUCCAGGUGAAGAACGUGGUGAAGACGUCCCCUCAGACCCUCUCCAACCUCUGCCUCAAGAUCAACGUGAAGCUGGGAGGCAUCAACAACAUCCUGGUGCCUCACCAACGGUCAGCAGUGUUCCAGCAGCCAGUUAUCUUCCUGGGAGCGGAUGUCACGCACCCGCCUGCUGGAGAUGGCAAGAAGCCUUCCAUCACUGCGGUGGUGGGCAGCAUGGACGCCCACCCCAGCAGGUACUGUGCCACGGUGCGAGUCCAGAGACCCAGGCAGGAGAUCAUCGAAGACCUCUCCUACAUGGUGCGGGAGCUGCUCAUUCAGUUCUACAAGUCCACCCGCUUCAAGCCCACCAGGAUCAUUUUCUACAGGGACGGCGUUCCAGAGGGGCAGUUGCCACAGAUUUUACAUUACGAGCUGCUGGCCAUCAGGGACGCGUGCAUCAAGCUGGAGAAGGACUACCAGCCGGGCAUCACCUACAUCGUGGUGCAGAAACGCCACCACACCCGCCUCUUCUGCGCCGACAAGUCGGAGAGGAUCGGAAAGAGCGGGAACAUUCCUGCGGGCACCACAGUGGACACCAGCAUCACUCAUCCCUUCGAGUUUGACUUUUACCUCUGCAGCCACGCCGGCAUACAGGGUACGAGCCGGCCGUCGCAUUACUACGUCUUGUGGGAUGACAAUCGCUUCACGGCCGACGAGCUGCAGAUUCUCACCUACCAGCUGUGCCACACCUACGUGCGCUGCACACGCUCCGUCUCCAUCCCUGCGCCCGCCUACUACGCCCGUCUGGUGGCCUUCCGCGCCCGCUACCACCUGGUGGACAAAGAACACGACAGUGGUGAGGGCAGCCAUGUGUCGGGUCAGAGCAACGGUCGGGACCCCCAGGCCUUGGCCAAAGCGGUGCAGAUCCACCACGACACCCUAAGGACCAUGUACUUCGCCUAAGGACCAUGUACUUCGCCUGAGUGGGCCUGCAGCUCCCCACCACCACCAUGACCACCUCAUCCCCCCA